AUUUAACAAUUACGUGACGACCAUAUAAAACGUUUUCCGAUUUGUUUUGUUUUCUCCCCAUUGCAUCGUCUCUCUCUCUCUCUCUCUCUCUCUCUCUCAUUUCUUGGCGCCUCCCCAACAAGAACUCUCCCCUGCCUGAUCACAAUCAGAACCAGCCCCUCAAUCCAAAAAACCAAACAUUUUCUCAAUCUCUCUCCUCACUUCAAACCGCACCCAUGGUGCGAAAAAACCCCCAACACCACCCCCACCGCACCCUAAUCGUCGGCAACUACUGCCACGACGUCUUAUUCAAAGACAACACCGUCAUCGCCCAAACCCUCGGCGGCGCCUCCUCCUUCAUCUCCGCCGUCUUCGACCCCCUCUCCUCCGACCCCUCCUCCACUUCCUUCAUCUCCAAAGUCGGCCCCGACUUCUCCCACCACGUCUCCCACCCCCCCAUCCUCUCCCCCUCCUCCCCCACCACCCUCUUCCACGCCCACUUCUCCUCGGAGCCCCGCCGCCAAGACCGGGUCCUCAAACGGGUCCGCUCCUGCGACCCCAUCCUCCCCUCCGACCUCCCCCCCAACGCCAAAUUCAACUUCGGCCUCGCCGCCGCCGUCGCCGGCGAAAUCCUCCCCGAAACCCUAGCCCGAAUGCUCGACAUCUGCGAUACCCUAUUCGUCGACGUCCAGGGCCUGAUCCGGGCGUUCGACCCGGUCGACGGAACGGUGAGCCUUAUCGGAUUGACGAUCAGUGGGUUUCACCACUUGUUGCCGAGGAUCAGGUUUCUCAAGGCGUCGGCGGAGGAGGCGCCGUUCCUGGACGUGGAGGAGGCGAGGAGGCUGUGCUGUGUGGUGGUGACGAAUGGUGAGGACGGGUGCACGGUGUACUGGAAGGACGGGGAGUACCGGAUUGCGCCGUUUCCGACGGUUCAGGUCGACCCGACCGGGGCUGGUGAUAGUUUUCUGGGCGGGUUUGUGGCCGGGCUUGUUCACGGAUUGGCCGUGCCCGAUGCGGCCCUUUUGGGCAAUUUCUGUGGGUCUCUCACUGUUGGGCAUGUCGGGCUUCCCAAGUUCGACUCCAAGUUGUUGCAGAGAGUCAAGGACGAGGUGGUUAAGAGAAAGAUGCAGUAUAGUUGCUGCCUCGACGGGCAAGAUGAUGGAUUGAAGUUUGAGAAACCAUUAGGUCAUGAUCAGUUCCAUGCAUCGCUUGCUGCAGCCAAAUUAGCUACCGCCUGCAGUAUCGAGGAAUGCCAACAGGACUUGCAUAAUUCUCCUACAACCAUAGAGCAGGACAUUCACCAACAGUGCACCGGUCAACAUAAACUUUUAACUACUUCUGUGUUAGAAGAGCCAAUUUAGUCAGUUAAUAAUAGUACACCUUGAUACUAGGGAAACACUCCCACUUUUUCACCCCCUACGCUGUUUCGCAUUUUCCUCCAUGCUUCAUCAAUGAAUAACUAAUAAUUUCCAAGCAUAUAGGCAGAAGAAAGCAGCACAUUCUGUGUAACGCCUCAAAUUCGCAUUUUUUAUCUGAUGAGGAUCUGUAGAUUGUGUGUGUGUUGUGCAAGCCUUUAAAGCGGCAUAUCGGAUAUGCCUCCAAUUCCAUUUCAUAUAGCUCAUUUGGCCUAGUUAUUCUCGAAAAAAAAGAAAGAA